AUUUAACCGUAUCGCGAAUGCACCAGCGUGCGCAUACGUCACGACGAUGACGCGUCAACGUUACGCUUUACGCUAUACAUAAAGCGGCGCGUAGCGGCCGCGCGUCUAGUCCUCGGCUACCAUCCGCGGCGACAGCACCCUGGCGCCCCGCGAUGCUUGCAUGGAGCCCCCUGCGCCUGGGCAGGCGCCCUUGCUGCCCGAGAGCCCUGAGCAUCCCUCCUCGCCGGCGCAUGACGACGACGAGGUGCUGGUGCCUUCUGAUCCGGUAAAAUGGGACAGACGCGACGUGCGACGCUGGGUUCGAUGGGCGUCGCGCGCUUUCAGCGUGAGCGCUCCGAGAACGCAUCUACUUCCCGACUCCGGCGCGGCGCUGCUUGAACUCACCGACCAGCAAUGGCUGCAGGUGUGCUCCGGCAACGAGCAGUCCGCGCGGCUGCUGCGCGCGCAUCUUCAGCACGCACGCUGCGCGGCCGCCGGCCUGCCGCCGCCACCGCCCCUGCCCGACCACCAAGCGCCCAGCGCCGUCGCUAUACCCUACAGUAAGUGCCCUAUAUCAUAUAGCACAUAUAGGCUAUAUAUGCAUUCCUCACGAAAGCGCCAUCUACCGGCGAGCGGCAGCGACCGCGGCGCCGCACUCAUGAAUGGCCAUCCGUACGCGUCGCUGAGUUGCCGCGGCAGCGGGGCUCCUGCGGGCGGGCAAGUGCAGCUCUGGCAGUUCCUGCUGGACGAGCUGGCGCAGGGCGCACCAGGAAUCUGCUGGGAGGGUUCUCCAACCGACGGCGAGUUCCGCCUGAGCGACCCGGACGAGGUGGCCCGCCGCUGGGGCCGCCGCAAGCAGAAGCCGUCCAUGAACUACGACAAACUGUCCAGGGCUCUGCGCUACUACUACGACAAGAACAUCAUGAGCAAGGUUCACGGCAAACGCUACGCCUACAAGUUCUGCUGGCGAGGGCUAGCGGCGGCAUGCCAGGCGCAGACGCCCGACGCGCCGUGGCCGUAUCUGGCGCCUCGGGUCGACCAGGCGCCACAAACGCCACAGACGCCACAGGCGCCAUCCGCGCCGCACGCCUCACACGCGCAAGUGCCCCAUCUACCACCGCACUAG